GUGCACGACUGUUCGUUAUCGGGUAUAAAAGCGCUGCAAAUUGACAACAGACCAUAAAAAUAUUAUUGUAUGUGUUAACCAAUCUAGCAGUUGGAGCAGCCUAUAUCCAAGGUUUGACAAGAGAUUAUUCAGUUAUGACUACUUAUGAAGAAAUUGCUGCAGUGGUUGUUGACAAUGGCUCUGGCAUGUGUAAAGCAGGAUUUGCAGGAGAUGAUGCCCCAAGAGCAGUUUUCCCAGCCAUUGUUGGCAGGCCAAGAUAUCAGAUACAAAUGGCUGGUAUGGGCAACAAGGAUUCCUAUAUAGGUGAUGAAGCCCAGAGCAAAAGGGGAAUCCUCACAUUGAAAUAUCCCAUAGAACAUGGCAUUGUUACCAACUGGGAUGACAUGGAGAAAGUAUGGCACCAUACAUUUUACAAUGAACUCAGAGUGGCACCAGAGGAGCACCCAGUUUUGAUGACUGAAGCCCCCAUGAACCCAAAAGCAAAUAGGGAGAAAAUGACCCAGAUUUUGUUCGAAACUUUCAACACCCCUGCCUUCUAUGUGGCCAUUCAAGCUGUAAUGUCAUUGUAUUCUGCUGGAAGGACCACUGGGAUUGUGAUGGACUCUGGAGAUGGAGUCUCACAUGUUGUGCCUAUUUAUGAAGGGUAUGCUCUCCCACACGCAAUCAAAAGAGUGGAUCUUGCUGGCAGAGACUUGACCCACUAUUUGACAAAGAUAUUGCACGAGAGAGGUUACUCUUUCACUACCACAGCUGAAUUGGAGAUUGUGAGAGACGUCAAAGAAAAGUUGUGCUACAUUGCUCUAGACUUUGAGCAAGAAAUGAUCACUGCAUCUGGUUCUUCUGCUGUUGAGAAAAGCUACGAGCUGCCUGAUGGUCAGGUUUUAACCAUUGGAAAUGAAAGAUUUAGGUGUCCAGAGGCACUGUUUCAGCCUUCUUUCAUUGGGAUGGAAGAUUGUGGAAUGCAUGAGCAUAUCUACAAUUCUAUUAUGAAUUGUGAUAUGGACAUUCGCAAAGAAUUGUACCUCAACACAGUCCUUUCUGGUGGAACCACCAUGUAUCCAGGUAUUGCUGACAGGGUACACAAGGAGUUGAUAGCCCUGGCCCCAAGUUCAAUGAAGGUCCGAGUGAUUGCUCCCCCAGAGAGGAAAUACUCUGUCUGGAUUGGUGGCUCAAUCCUUGGUUCUCUGUCCACUUUCCAACAGAUGUGGAUAAGCAAACAAGAAUAUGAUGAAUGUGGACCAUCCAUUGUCCAUCGAAAAUGUUUCUAAAUUCCAUGAAAACUGUGUUUUUUACAGUGACUUUUUACUGAUGUGAAUAUCUUUGUUUAUUAUCUACUGAGACAUGGAGCUUGUACCAUUUUUUAGGCACAAAAAUGUUUAAUGGAAAAUCAAGGAUAUUGCUUAGCUGUGCAGGUGGCUCAAUGAAAAUCUAAGUGAAUCCGGAGUUUCUUUUUGUUGUGCAUAAAAUACUAAAAAGAAAAUUUAGAUAUAUAUAACUUAAUUAUUAUUGAGAUAUGCAUUUAAAGUAAUUAUUGCUAAGCUAGAACUUACAUGUACUGUAAAAAGUAAUAUUUCCAUUUCAAUAGGUUUUCAUGCUGCAUGCACAUAUUUAACACUGUAAAUUAGGAUGCUAAUAAAUGUACAUAUAAAAUAAUAGUUUAAAUUGAGAAAUGUCAUUUUUAGAGUAUCAUCAAGAGAAGUUAUUUAAACUUACAGACAGUAUAUUUGUUUAUUUAUUUUAUAUAUAAAUAAUAUAAUCAAUGUGUAAAUAAGGCCUAAGUGUUUUACUUCUUUUUGUUUGCCUAAUUACUAGCUGUACAAAAUGCCUGUAACAACAGUACACCAAUAAUAUACAGACGUGAUGAUAUCGUAGAUCAAGUAUCCACUCUACCUGUGAGACUCAAGAUGAAAAAAGAUAGUAAAAGAAAAAAGCUUACAUUAUUUUAUGGUUUAUUAAAUUCAUCAACAAACACUUAA